AUGACGGUGGUGAAGGUCGCAGUCAACAAACGCUUCAGGCGAAGCAAGCUGGGCUUAAAAUUUUCUCAGCAGGAUGAGUCUUCGCCGCUGAUCAUUAGUAAGAUAUCUGAAGGCGGUCUCUUCGAUGAGACGCCUCUCGUAGAGGGAUUGGUUGUUUUGAAAAUCAAUGAUGAAGAUGUUACCUGGAUGAGUCCUAAGAAAGCUGACAGUAUUCUUCACAAAACCAAAAAGGGAAGAAUAACAGUGACCGCAGAAGGGUUUGUAGGAAAGAUUGUUCGGCAAAGUAUAGAUGAGAAGAUUGGAAUUGUCCUUCACAAACCAAGGGAUUCGAGUGAUGACAUCUUCAUCUGGCAGAUAAAGGGGCAUAGCAAGUUUGCGGGUACAGACUUGAAGCCAGGAAUGAAGAUCAUCACAAUUAAUGGCUAUCAAUGUCCAUCAUCGCCUACGGAGGCGGUUAGACUCAUGCAGCGAACGAUAGGGAAGCUAAAAAUUGUGGCUGUCGAGGUCAAUAGACCAAAACCUCUGCUAACCUCCCCUAUGCAGAUCCGCGUCCAAGUAAACUCAAUCAACGCAAUAGGGUCAAGUCAAGACGAUAUAUCACAUAGUACAAAGCGAGACGUCAAGGAAACAGUUUCUAUUGUUCCGUCAAGCAUAACGUCAGUUUCCGCCUUCUCCAAUGAAAGCUCAAAAAACCGAAUACGCCAAAGGGUCAAAGCAGUGCUCAAGCCACUCGUGAAAGGCUCAAAAUCAAUGGAGACGGACGAAACGACACAGAGCAGUGCUGAGUCAAACGGGAAGCAGUCGCGUAGAAAGUCUCGCAAGAAGUCUAAUGUGAGAUUGUUUCAAAAGACAAAACCGAAACAAGAGAUCAAUAUUGAUUCUAAUGGCGACAUACCCGAUUUGGAAGACCCAGUCGGAGAUGAUGGGGAUGAGGUUCCGAGCUCGAAAAUUCUAGAACAUCCUGCACGAGAUGAAACUUAUUCUGAUGCUGUGCCUUUCUUCGAUUACAUCCCAAUUCUUGAGUUCCAAAGUCACAAAGUAGGAGAACCUUGCAAUAGAAACUCUCGCAAGAAGUCCAAGAUAAGCGUCUUUCGAAAGACAAAACCGAAACAAGGGGUCAAUAUUGUUUCAUAUGGAGACAUUUCCGAUUCAGAAGAUACAGCAAUAGAUGAAAGGGAUGGAGUUCAGAGUCCAGUCAUGAAGGAACCAGCUAGAAGAUUUCAGGAUCAUGCCAAUGCAACGUCGUCCUCCGAUUUUGUACCAAGUAUCGGAGAAGAGCCGUUCGAAGAAUUGAUCUCUGCUACCAAGCAAGUAAUUCAUUAUUUCACGGAUAAGGUUACUAUCAAUGCUGAUCCGGAUUCCCCAGACAAGACGCCUUUUGAAGAUCUUACGUUGUUGACAGUUAUGCCGGUUGCCGACGACGAUUUGCAGACUAGUUUUAGUUUGCCUGUCACCGAUGAAAAUGCGCUAACUGAAUUGUCUAUCGUCGAUGACAGCAUACAGACUAAAUUGUCCAUUGUCAAUGACAACAUAAAGACUAGCCUGUCCAUCGUCGACGACAACGCAACUCUUUUUGGGGAAGAUAUUUCAGUGCCUCCUGACUUUGUAGAAGAGGAGGAAUUUCCGAUUGAUGAGGAUGCCCCCCCAAAGAAUCAACCGGUUCUGAAAAGCUCCAAUGCAUUUCCACCUACACAUCCAUUACCUGUUGCAUACGCUAAGCUUAUUCCACCAAAGUAUCCUAGGUUUGAGGCUGAAUCAACGCGGAGCGCUAAGCUCAUCCCACCCAAGUAUUCUAAGAUCGAGGUCCACUCAACGCGAAACGUGGAAGCAAAGCUCGUUGGUCCAGAAAAUGAUGGCCUUAAAGCGCCUUUCCCAUUGAAACAUGAGCAUGGAAUGGUGCAAGACAUUGGAAGUUGGCGAUUGCAAGAGUCUCAAGCCUCAUGUCCAACUAGCGAAGAAGACGAAAUAAUAGAACAGAUAGAAGGUGACUCGUAUGACUUGGACGAGGAUGCCAGUAUGAAGCCUAAGCUCGAUCCUCCCCUAGUUCAACAAAAUGGUCAAUCCGAGAAGCCGUCUACUCCAUGUAGUGAAGGAUUGGUGGAUUCUCGAGGCCCUCAAAUGAGCAGGCGAAGAGGCAUCGACCCGUCUGAGGGCGGUAUAAGGGAGAGUCCUGGCGUUAACGCGAAGAAACUAGAGCCUCCUGGUUUUAGAGCCGGCGUAAAAGAACCAAAGGGAAGAAGGCGAAGAGAUCCUGAAUCAAAAUCUAGUUCUCAAGAAUCAAAACAGAAUCAUGGGAUGCGUCAAGACCAACCUGAAACUGUCAGGUUGCAGAAACAAGCUGCUCGUUCCGAAGAUCCAAGGAACUAUCGCCGUUCCCUGCUCGAACAACCGAAAAUUGCCAGGCUGCAGAAGCCGCCGGUUCGUCGAAGCUCAAACACGGGCUGUAGUUUCUUUCCGGAGGAAACUUUUAUCCCGCAAGAAGUGUUCGAUGAAAUGCAAUCUGAUUUCAACUCGUUUUGGGAUAGACAAAAGAAUUACGUUGAAAGUUCCUGGGCAUCACUAGUUGGGGUAAUGUGA